AUGUCUGGCACUGCCGAGCCGUUCUACCUGCGCUACUACUCAGGUCACUCCGGACGCUUCGGGCACGAGUUCUUGGAAUUCGACUUCCGCGUAGUCGGCGACGGACGCUCUGCCAUAGCACGCUAUGCGAACAACUCCAACUACCGCAAUGACUCCCUUAUCCGCAAAGAGAUGUGCGUGAGUGCCUUGAUGGUACAGGAGAUCAAGCGCAUCAUCAAGGACAGCGAAAUCGUCAAGGAAGACGACACCAAGUGGCCCCAGAAGAACAAGGACGGCAGACAGGAACUCGAGAUUCGAUUGGGUAGCGAACACAUUUCGUUCGAGACGGCGAAGAUCGGCUCCUUGGUGGAUGUGAACGAGUCGGAAGAUCCAGAAGGACUCCGUGUCUUCUACUACCUGGUUCAAGACCUCAAGGCUCUGGUCUUCUCGCUCAUCUCACUGCACUUCAAGAUCAAGCCCAUCUGA